CUGUCUCUGUCCCUGUCCCUGUCUCUGCCCCCGCCAUGGCCCUGCCGCUGCCGCUGCUCCUCGCCCUGCUCGGGGCCACCCCAGGUCUGGGGGCGCCGGGGGGGGGCUGUGGGGUGCCCCCCUCUGCCUGGUGCCAGAGCUGGGACACUGCCCUGCGCUGCGGGGCCCUGGAGCACUGCCCCCUCCUCACCCAGAGACCCCCGGAUGUGGACACCUGCGCCCUCUGCCAGCAGCUCUUCGCCUUCCUCCACCGCGUGUCCAACCAGUCGGCCGUGCAGGUGGCAGUGGAGCAGGGGCUGGGGGCUCUGUGCCUCCCGCUGCCCAUCCUGGCGGCCCCGUGCCAGUCCGUGGUUCACUCGCUCGUCCCGCGUGUCCUCCGGGAGCUCCAGCACCUCGUGCCCCGGCAGAUCUGUGCCAACCUGAAGCUGUGCCCGGCAGAGCCUGGCAGUGCCACAGCCGUGCCCGCCCUCGGGGCACUCGGCACCCACCCGCAGGAGCCCCCCCCGGGCCCGGCGGCGCUGCCGGUGCCCCUCCCGCUGUGCUGGCUGUGCCGCACCUUCGUGGCACAGGCCGAGGCCGCCAUCCCCGUGCCCAGGGUGGCCGCGGCGGCCACGGGGCUGUGCCGGGCGCUGCCGCUGGUGGCCGUGGGCGCGUGCCAGUGCCUGGCCCAGCGCUACGCCACCCUCCUGCUCGAGGGGCUGCUGGGCCGCCUGGGCCCGCGCCUGCUGUGCCGCCUGCUUCUCGCCUGCCAGGGCACCGCAGAUGACACGGGCGUGCCGCCGGUGCUGCUGGAGGCCAUCGUGGUGCGGCUGGCGGAGUGCGUGGGCCCCGAGGACCUCAAGGGUGUCGCCCCCCCCGCACUGUCACCCCCCCUGGGCCCCUGUGCCCUGGGCCCCGUGUACUGGUGCUCCGGCCCCGAGCCUGCCCGGCGCUGCCAGGCCCUGCAGCACUGCCAGGAGCAUGUCUGGCUGUAGGGGGGCUCUGGGGGCCCCCCCAGCACUUCCCAAUAAAGCUUGGAUGCAGCUCUG